AGCAAGCAAGCCCAGUUGUUGCAGUGGAGCGAUCAAGAGAUAUGCAUCGGUCGCGUGGGACGGCUUGGUUUCGUCUCCUGCUUGUCUUUGGGAUCGCAGGCGCCCUGACCGAAGGCAAUAGGACGGCCAUGACCGCUUGUCACUACCAGGAAAACGCUGUCACCAAACCAUGUGAACUGUUCCGCAAAGUAGAAUGCAAGGAUAUCGCUUACGAACCCGAGCCGUAUGACUCUUAUGUACUGAGAGAGGGCAGAGUGGAUGGAGAAGUCUACAACAACGUCACCUUCUUUGCACUCUGGCACGGAAAAGGAUCCCUCGGGAUAAACGGAACGGACGAAUGUUGGCAGUUCGAAGUCGGGUCCACGCCGCACCCUGAAGAGUACGUAAGCAUGGAGUGGGACUUCUUUCGUGACGUAUCUGCAGAGAACAUGCAAAUCUAUCGAGAUGGCGGACGCUGCGGUUACCUGCACAACAGCAACUACUCCUUUCAGGUAUACACAAGUGAAGGUGCAAAAUUGGCGUUUGUAUUCCACCCUGUUUCCGGAGUUCGAGCAGUGAAGUUAAAUCUGAUUGGUGGAGACUGUGAAAUAAACUGCGACGGAAGCAGCAGCAAUUGCAGUAUGCCUUUGGACAGUUCUGCAAUGAAAGAUUUCUCCAAACCCCAGUACUUCGUCGAUCUGAAGUACCGCUACUAUUGCAUUCGCGUUUUACACGGCGCCUGCGCCAUCCACACAGUGACAAUUAAGAUUGAAGAUCCACCGCCACCACCGACACCCACAGCUAGUGAUGAGUCUGUCCAGCCAGGCGUCAUUUUGUUAACAACUGGAACAAUAGUGGCCGUUGUAUUGGUGGCUGUAUUUGUGAAGAGACGGUACUGCGACGAUCCUUUCCGACCGGAACCAGUGGACACAAAAGAACCAGAAGCAGCCUCCCCAUGGCCGAGCAGUCCGACCCUUCAGAAAGUAUUGCUGCUGUAUUCCAGGGACUGCCCACAGUUCUGUGAGGUCGCUCGGGCGCUGGGACAACUGCUCCAGAGUUUCGGGAACUUGAAAGUGCUGGAUCCACUGCAGCAAAAUGAAAUGGAGCAAGUGUCAGAGAAUAUUUCGGGCUGGCUGACGCAACAUUUGCAGAGUCCAGACGUGAAGCUGGUAAUUGUGGUCUCUGAGGGGGCCAUGGUAAGGCAGAAUGCCCUGCUGAACAACCAACUUGUUCACAAUGAUGAGCCCCACUUUCUGGACCCUGUGUUCACACUGGCACUGCAGCAGAUGCAUGAGAGACCGCAGCUGGGAAACGAUUACAAGAGGAUAUUUCCUGUCAGGUUUGAAGACUUCACGCCAAGCGAGGUUUCUUUAUCUCUGAUCGUUCCACUGAAGUGUUAUGUUCUGCAGAGACAUCUGGGAAAAAUCAUAGCAGAGCUUGGACAAUGCAACUCAGCACCAGAAGCUGGUUAUGAAGACAUCCGACGCAUAUGCCCACAGGAAGUGAGCCAGCUGGAAUCGGCCAUAAGAGACAUGAAGUCAUAUUGUGAUGACAAUCCACACUACCUUAAGGAUCAUUUCUCGGUGGUUUCCCGUUAAAUUAAAUGAGACAAGAAUAUGUGUACAAGAUGACACCUAUGAGCAUGAUUCUCAGCUACAAACUCUGUUGCAAUCUGUUGAGACACAAAGUUGAGUGAAACGUCCAAGAUAAAACUCUCCACAGUAUAUAACAUCGUGUGAUAAAAGCUGGGGAUCAAAUUAAUUUGCUCUAGAAAACAUCCUCAUAAUUAAAAACUUGUGGAAGCUGUCAGUUCCACACACUGCCAACUUUCCCACCGGGGGAAAAUUAUUACACAGAAGAUGUGGGGUGCUCAUGGUGAUUAGUGGGCUUAUCAAGGUUACAGUCAUAUUUCCUGGAUAAGUACCAAUGUCGUAUGUUCUUCUAUCCUGAAUACGGAUUCAGGAAUUUUCUCUAAAACUGCGAAAUCUUGUCUGUCAAACUAGAUGACAAUGUAUCCCAGAAGACAGUACUGUUUUCACAUAAGAAACUUGCGGUCCUACAGUAGCCAUGGGGUCGUGUUUCUUAGGUUAUUAGGCUUGAUGCCUAGACAUAAAAGUGACAUUACUUGCAGACACCCCUUCCACAAUUUAUCUUGUGUUUUAUUUAUAAUGAAAUAAUCCACUAUCCACAUGCUUCAGCAGUGAAUCCAACACAGUGGUUCGGAAGAUACAAAAGGUGUAUUAUGAGAUGGAACUGUCAGAUUAACAAGGAGCUACCUGAGUAGUUCUGCGGUAAGAAAGUACAGAUUUGUACAGUCUCAAGAAUAACUGAUUGAGGUUUCAAAUUUGGAUGCUCAGUUAUAUGCAAUGGGUGAACAGUGAAACCAAAGUCAGGUGAAGAAAAUUCCUUGACGCACAUCAAGUUGUGUGGUACUGUUCUAAUUACUGAAAGAGUUCAGACUAGAUAUUGAUCCAUUUAGCUUGUAUUCAUUACAGGCUUGUGUUUUGUGACAAUUAUUGUUAGUUUUAUUUUGCUAUUUAUCACAUUCAUCCAUUGUUUCAUGAAAAUAAUCAAAAAAUCGAUUUUUUUAAAAGCCAAGUUAUGCAUCUGCAUAAAUAUUUUCCAUUUAAUACAGUGGUACUUGUUUUGUCUCAUCAGGAAACUAUUCCCACAAAUUCAAGAAACCAUGUGGUGCAUAAUUCAGAACUGUACAAUGAGUAUGAGAUCUGAAUUACCAGACUGUUAAGGAGGAAAGCAAAGCCAAGUGCUGUGUAAGUAUUCAUCAUUAUAUGCGAGUGUCAAAAUUGUAAUUUAAUUUUAAUGCAGUCAACUAAUUUAGACUGAUUUCAAUCAACAGCACUUGCUUGUUGGCUAGCAGGAAGCAGGGAGAAGGUAAAGCAGAGUGUGGUGUAGGUGGCAGAAGGGGAAUGCAAGUGAGGAAGGGAAAAUUUUGCCCAGCUCUGCAACCUCUUAUGCACACCUACUGUUUAUUUCUUUUAAAUCCGCUUAGUGGGGGGUGGAGUCCAACUGGGUCCACUCAGCACGGCGGCCACUGAUU